AUGCGGCGAAAUUUUGAAGGGGGCUCCGUGGAUUCGAACUUCGGAAAGGAUUCACAGGGAUUUGUCAGUCCGCAGCCAAAAUACAGCUGUUUGCUUUACACAGCCGCACUACAUCAACUAAUCCACACAUCCGCACUUGCGUUGUCUGCUGUGAUCUCCUUCACGUCUUGCGCACACACGCACGGGUGGAGCCUGUGGCGAAGCGACCGAGAGCUGCCAGGAAUUUACCCGCGUUAGAACGAAAGAGCGGUGCUGCUAUCCCUGUGCCUGCUGCUGCUGCCGCAUCAAACAAAAGAUGGUUGGCCUCGUCCCACGAGGCCUUCCUGCUGGCGGCUGAUCGUCUCGCUCUCGCAGCAAGCAGACCAGAGGACCUCUCUCAAGCAAAAGAGAGCACUACAAAGGAGCUGGCGAGCGUCCUACGAAGCCUCUUCUCCAUAUGUAGCGAGGAAGUAUGAGGCCCAAUGGAAGCCAUUCGGGCCUCUGGAAACAAGAAAAGGCGGGGCCAAGAAGCAGACUUCUUGGAACGUGAGGGGGGGGCGCUUAUGCCGAUUGGCUGCUGAGCCUUCAGAAAUGAGCCAGGCGGAUCGAAAACGGUCACGCUCGCCGAAGAAGGCCGUCAGGCGGAAAGCCAGACGACAGGCGGAAUUUCCAAGGUGCCAAGAACGUCACCACCGCCACAGGGGGCGAGGAAUCAAGUGGGCGGGAAUUCAGCACCUUUGCGAUGUUCUUCAGUCAGCUUCAGGAAUCCGUGACAGCGAGUGUCAAGUCGGCAGGGAACGGCAUGGAAGGAGAUGCCAAGACACAAGCAAGAAAGCCGCUCAACUGAGGGUCGAGGCACGCCUCCGGCGGGGUCAACAUGGGUCAUAUCCCAGCGGCACGUUUUGGCGCACCGUUUGAAGUCAGGAACCGUGUAUCGCUUGACAGACAUGUUGCUAGCGUGAAGGGGAUCGACAUUCACGGAAGCUGGACAUCGGGUCGGCGAUGGUACCUUGAUCAAUACUAGAAGUAGUUGUCUACCCCGAGGCGCCAGGCACGUGACGGGUUUUCCAUUGACUUCGUCCUUCAUGUCUUUGAGGUGGGCAGCCGUGUAGCCUUGCUUGCGGCAGACGUGGAAUCCUUCAGCAAGGUGGACGAAGAGGACGUGAAGCCGGUGUUCGAUUCCAUAGAGUUCGUUACGUGCACCGUUGGCUUCGUUCCGGUGACACUUGAAGCACUCCGUGGGUUCUUCCUAGCCUCCAGGCCUCGGGUUCUGGGAUACAUGAUCCCGUACGAAACUAGUCAGGCGCAGAUCCCGACGCCUUCCAGUUUCGACCAACCGACGCCGUGUGUGUCGACGCCGUGUUUGUGGUUUAUUUCCUUUAAGCUGCCCAUCCAACACUAUCUCCAAAUUGAUUCCACUUUUUUUUUCCG